UCUAAACACGAUCAUGUUACCCAAAUUUUCAGUCAAUAGAAUGCAAGUGUUAGAAAUCCCUUUUUUUAAAUUAAUUACUUGUAAUUGUUUGAUUCAAAGCAAAUGAAAUUAUUGCUAGUUGUGCUUCAAACCAAAAACAUCGUGAUGAGCGACUGACAAGACACUGCACUAAUUUGACCAUUGUUGGCUGUGUUAACAUGCGUGGUUGUGUUUUCAUUUUAAAAGAUUACAAGGUAAUAAAACAAAUGUCACGAAGAAAACAAUUCAAGCGUAGAACCAUGGACUAAUUACUCGACAGCAGGACAUUUCCUCGUCAUUUUUUUCCAAUUUCAAGUUUGACAACACACGCUUAAUGUGCUGUGAAUAAUGACUUAAAAUCAACCUUUCAAUGUAAAGAUGACUAUCAUGGAUAUUUAGAAUUCGCAUUUAUUGGUGAAAAGGAGUUUAUUGUUAUUUCUCUGUUGGAAGUAUGCAACAUUUCGGCGCUGUUCUUUACUUUUCUUGCAUAAUUUGUCUGAUUAACUUAGCACUUUCAACAACCAACGAUACUUUUCAAGAAUAUCUACAAAACAAAGUUUUGCCUCGAGAUGACAAAGGACUUGGUUUGGUUUCCUCACAGCGCCUAAAUGAAACCGUAAUUUUUACCUCGAAUGCUAGGGAUACAGGUAACUCGUAUCUUCCGCCAUCUUGGGAUGACUUUUGUACUCUGAAUGAAACCAAUCAAAACAAUGUUACAACAUAUGCUUAUUUCUGUGUCAUAAAUUCUACUAGCUCCGGAAGAUGGAACUUCACGGAGCUAAGAAGUUAUGUGUCAACAAGAGAUAUAAAAUACAGUUUUGAUGUACUAUGUGAAAAUGGUGCAAACAUAUCUCUGCCUUUAAAUGCGAAAGCAACAAACAUUCGCAAAUUACGUGUGAGGGAUUGUAUUGCCACUGACUACUACGCUGAUUACCUUAACUAUGCCCUGGAUGAUUUUCCUGAUGAACUUGAAGAGUACGUAUUAAUAAACAUAAAGUAUUUGUUAUCAGUUCAGUCAAUGGUAAAAAGUUAUAGAAAACAGUCCGACAGUCUUCCUAAGAACGUUGAAUGUGGAGAUGACGAAACAUUGAAGAUCAAAAUUGAGCGGAAUUUAACAUAUAUCUUCAGUAAUGACCUUGAUGACAUGGAGAAAGAACAGCUUGGAACGAUUUUCGCUAGGUUUAUAAUUGGAAGAAGGAUAUCAUCCCGAAAAUGUCACUUUGCAAAUCUUCAUCUACUCGAUACCUCUGUCUCUCGGUCGAAAUCGAGAUUUUAUGCGGAAUCACUGACGGAGCAAAAUCGAUUUCCAGCUUUGAGAGUCCUUAAUAUUUCUCAUUCUGUCAUUCAUUAUAUACCAGAACAGUUCAAAACCUGGUGGCUGUACUUUCCAAAGUUGGAGUACUUGGACAUGUCCUACAACCGCAUUCAAGAGAUCGUUUUUCAUACAAACACUAAAGAAAUGACUAACCACCACGUUCCUACUGUUACAUUCGACUUCACUUUUAAUAAUAUCAGCAGACUUUCUGUCCGGAAUUUUGAAAGAAUCAUUAAGAAAAGGGGAAUAUUCGUAAAGAUGAAGAAUAAUCCCUUUAAUUGCAGUUGCACGGAUGAAAUGAAAGAUGUUUUGAAAUAUAUAAAAGAAACAGAUUGGAAUUCAAAAAAAUACAGACGUUAUCAGUAUCUUAGGGAGUUGCAGUGUCAUCACCCUGAAAAUAUAAAAGGACGAUUUCUGAAGAGUCUGAGUAUUUAUGACCUCAAUUGUGAUUUUGAACUGAUGCCAGUUACAGUUGCUCUGUGUGUGUUUUCCUUUAUCAUAUUCGUUUUAAUUGUAAUCAUGUUGAAAUACAGGCGGGAAAUACAAAUUUUAUUUUUUACUCGUUUCCAUUGCAUCCUUCCUUGUCAGCCGAGCCAGACGUACGAGGACAAAAUGUUUGAUGCAUUUGUGUCUUACAGCAAUGAUGAUAAAGACUGGGUUCACAGUACGUUUGAUUAUAACAAACACAAACGACUCGCACAUUUAAAAUUUUGCAUGCACCACAAAGAUUUUGUUGCAGGAAAAACAAUUCUGGAAAACAUUGUCAAAUCCGUGGAAGAUAGCAGACACACAAUGAUAGUUCUAUCAAAGAACUUUCUAGAAAGUCAUUUUUGUAUGUGGGAAUUUCAAGAGGCCUUUCAGCAAAGUAUUGUUGAGAGAAAGCGUCAUCUUAUCAUAAUUUUACUGGAAGAUAUUCCGGAAAAUGAUCUCCCACAUGAGGUAAAAAGGUGUAUGAAGACUUUUACUUACAUUCGAAAAGAUGAUGCAAUUUUUACAGACAGGUUGCUUUACUCCUUGUCCUACAGUCGAAAACCUUUGCCGUCAAAGCUUGCCCAGGACAACGAAGCUUUUGAUGCUGUUGAUCAGCUUGCUGACAAAAAAACUUGCAAUUUUAAACAAUCUGUAUAUUAAAGCUCUGUAAAUAAAGUAUGAUAUUGUAUGAAAAAUUGUUUAUUCGCUAGUAAUUUCUUAUAUAUUAACACGUCUUGUUUAAACAUUUUACGGAAUUGUUUAUUCCAUAGUAUUUUCUAAUUUAUAACAUGGAACAUGGUUUUAUUUCUCUUCAAUUAAAUGUAACCAUUUUGUAAAAUCGCAUUAAGCAAAAUAAGCUGCAAUUUUCUUGCUGAUUUUUGUUUUUAGGAAAAUGUUAUUUCCUACUACAUGUAAAAUGACAAAAAAUAUAAUGUUUCUAAAUUUCUGUUUGCCAUAUUUUUGUGGGGAAAGCCGUUGCGAGGCCUUAACUGAAAAACAUUGAAUUAUUGUCGUCCUGUAUAAGAAAAAGAUUGAGAUGCUCUAUAUUUCCUAGAGGAGAAACGUUUCUUCUAACAAAAAAUGAAGUUCUGACAACAUGCAGACUUAUCUUACUAGCUAGAAGGUUUUCGCAGCAUAAUUAAUAAAAUUCUAAAACGUACAGCUCAUAUUGCUUUAAAUUGUAUAUGCAUUUACUACUUGUUUGUCUUUUAAUUUAAAAAAAAAAAUAUAUGUUUGACAGGAAAUAUAAUUUUGGAAAUACUUUAAUAUAAAAAAUAUCAUAAAAAAAACUAAGUGUGAGCGUGGCAAUUUUCAUUUAUCAUAAAAAGGGGACACAGAUUUUAUCAUUGGUAAACGCCCGAAAUGCUUCAUACGCAUGCAUUUUAAUAUAAUGUAUUUUUAACUUCGAUAAAAAUACAGUUUAAUAUCUAUUAUAGUAUGAAAUUGUUUAAUUAAGAUUUGUUCUUGAUAGUUGCUUUUCAAGUUUUUUUUUAGUAUUUACUCAUUGUAAGCAGGUGAUUGUUUUGCUUUUUUCUUCUUUCAAAAACGUGGUUGUUUGUUUUCUGAGUUGAAUCUUUCCCUAAACUCUAUGGAAAAUUUGACAAUUGUGCUUUGACGAUAUACCCGAUAAUCUACCAGUUGAACUGAUGCGUCAAUACUAUUGAUCACUUGUUUUUGUUAUGCAGUAGAGAAUUUUCUAAAAAGAAAUUUAAAAACGUAUCAACUUUUGCUUCAGGAAAAUACAAAAUUUAUGCAUCCAUUGACAGCAAUACCUAUAAAAGGUUUAUUUUUUAUGAAAAUGUUUCAUCUUUUGAAGUGUUCUCUUUUUUUAUCAGCUGUGAUAAUUUUUCUUAUGUUUUAUUUUAUUUAUUUCCUUCGAAUUUCUUAAAAUUGUUCAAUACAGUUUCUUUUCAUAUAU